AUGGCGUCAAAGAGCGGCUGGACCGAGUCUACGGAUAACUUCGCCACGGUGCAGAGGGUCGAGACCCCGAACGCCCUGGUGGUGGGAUCGACGCAGUUGUUCGAGGGAGGAGUCAUUCGAUUUGUGCCUAUGCCCACGCCGGAUCCCAAGGAUCCCCUGAACUUGCCGAACUGGAGGAAAUGGACGUCCAUUGGCGCACUCUGCUUCUUCGGCUCUCUCGCCCUCGCGGCUGAGUUCAUCGUCGGUGCCCUGGUACCUGUGUUUGUGCUGGAGUACUCUGGCAUCGACCCUCACAUCCUCAGUCAGAUCGAUAUCUCGGCCUUGAACAAGCCCGGCGAAGUCAACCUCGACCCCGUCAAGCUGCUUGCUGGUCUCGGUGGACCGCCCCUGUACCAGGUCGCCCUGCUGGCCUCCGUCCCAUUGCUCGUCAACGGACUUAGCUCCUACCUUCUUGUACCGCUCUCGGUCGCCGUUGGCCGUCGCCCUGUGCUUCUGCUCUCCGGUUUCCUGGCAUGGACUGGUGGUCUCUGGGCAGGUUUCUCCCAGGGACUCGGCAGCCAUUUGGCUGCUCGUUGCUUCCAGGGAUUCGGUGCGGGUGCCGUCGAGGCUCUGAUUCCUCUCAUCAUUCAGGACAUGAUGUUCAUCCAUCAGCGCAAUAAGGCCAUCUCUUCCGUCGGUGCCUCCCAAGGCCUCCUGAUUGUGAGCUUGGGUAUCAUGAGCCCCAUCAUUGUUUCCCGCCUCUCUUGGCGCUUCAUCUACUGGAUCACCUCCGGCGUUGGUGUGCUUGCCUGGAUUGGUCUUAUCCUGCUCGUGCCUGAGACCCGCUGGAUUCGCAACGACGAUGAGCUCGCUGGUAAGGAGGUCUACCCCCUGCGCCCUGGCGAAACCCGUCCCCGCAUCGACGAAUCGACCUUCCGCCCUCGCUCCAACUGGGACGAGUUCGGCAUUUUCAACUACGGCUAUGAGUGGAAGGAGGCCAAGCAGUCCGUCAUUGACAUGUUCAAGACGACCCUGUUCCCCAACAUCAUCUGGGUCAUCAUCAUCAACUCCAUUCUCGUCUCCAUGCAAGGUGCCGCAGGUCAGGUCGGUUCGUCACUCCUGAUUGCCGCCGGCUGGAAGUUCGAGACGCUCGGUUUCGCCGUCAUCCCCAUUGUCAUCGCAAGUCCGUUCGUCUGGUUCUUUGGUGGCUACGUUGCCGAUAAGAUUUCCAACUACAUGGCGAAGCGAAACGGAGGUCGACGUGAGCCCGAGGCUCAUCUCAUCAGUUUGGUGUUCCCGCUCCUGGCUUCCAUCGUUGGCCCGAUCCUUUUCGGUUACGCCGGCGAGAACAUUCGAAGUCUGCCUUCUAUCGUCGUGCUUGUCUCCAUCUUCUUGAUCGGAUUCGGUUUGUUGACUGCCAACACCAUCUUCGCCGUCUACUUGGUUGAGAGUUAUCCCCGUUUUGCAGGACCCGUCCUGGUCAACGUCUCUUCAUCCCGUCUCAUCAUCGGUUUCAUCAUGUCAUUCAACGUCACUACCUGGAUCGAGGAUCUCGGAUUCUUGAAGAACUUUGGCAUUUACAGCGCCGCGCUCGCGGGUGUUUCGAUGCUGUUGCCCGUCAUGUACAAGUACGGCAAGCCCAUGCGCGCCUGGACCGCCGGCCGCCUCGAGCCCAAGGUCGCCCCGGCCAAGACGCUCGAAGACGACGACGACGACCGGUACUGGAACAACGAGCGGCCGCAGUGGCAGGACGAGAAGAUGGGUACCCCCAUUGGCAUCGCCCGGCCGAUGUAA